AUGGCGACCGAGACCUCCAAGCAACAUCUGGAUCCAUCUGAUCCUCGCUCCAGUCCGCUGGCACACGAUGACCAGGCUGCUCUGCUGAGCGCACAGCCGGUGAUGGAGAGCUCACACACCGCUUCACCCAAAUGGAAGAAGGGAAACUCCGGCUUGAGGCGUCCAGAAAAGCCUCCCUACUCCUACAUCGCUCUCAUUGUAAUGGCAAUCCAAAGCUCGCCGACCAAAAGGCUCACUUUGAGUGAAAUCUAUCAGUUCCUGCAGGCCCGCUUCCCUUUCUUCAGGGGAUCAUACCAGGGAUGGAAGAACUCCGUCAGACACAACCUGUCUCUGAACGAGUGUUUCAUAAAGCUGCCUAAGGGUCUCGGCAGACCUGGCAAAGGCCACUACUGGACCAUCGACCCCAGCAGUGAGUUUAUGUUCGAGGAGGGCUCCUUUCGCCGCAGACCUCGGGGGUUCCGAAGGAAAUGCCAAGCCAUGAAGCCGAUGUACAGGAUGAUGAAUGGCAUCGGGUUUGGUGCGUCCAUGCUGCCGCAAAACUUUGAUUUCCAACCACCUUCAGGCUCACUAGCGUGCCACAACGGCUACAACAUAGACCUGAUGGGCAAUACGGUGCCAGCUGGCUACGAGGGCCUCGGAGGAGGACACCACGUCUCUCAUAUGUCAUCAGGCUCCGGGUCAUCGCACAUGGCCGCAUGUCAGGUGGCCUCUAAUGCGGACUAUUGCCCGGACAGCAGCAGCAGCAGCCCCCUGCAGUCCUCCACAGCGAUGGUGGACUGUCAGUCUCCUUAUGCUAAUGCAGCCUCACACUGGAGCUCACCUGGUGUUUCUUCAUACAUCAAACAGCAGUCGCUGGCAACAAGCAGUCCCACUUCUUCUGCUCUGCAUACGGGGAUGCCCUCUUACUCUCUGGAUCAGGGCUAUCUGCACCAUAAUGCACGAGAUUCCUCAGAUAUCUCAGUGGGACUGUCUCGAUACCCCAGCCACUCAGCUCCUGUGUGUGACAGGAAGGACUUCGUUUUGAACCUCCACCCGAGCACCGGCGGAUCGUACUAUCACCAGCUCCAUCACCACCACCACCAAAGUGUCUACCAGGACGUAAAGCCAUGUGUCAUAUGA